UAUAGCAGUAGUGGUAUAUUUGUAGCACUAUACAUACAUAGUUAUGGUAAGAGUAGUAGUAGUAUUGUGACUUGAAUUUACGCGGGUCCUUGAACGCAGCAGUGGACAGGCUCGAUGAGCUCUGUGAGCGGCUUUUCUUCCUGCUGACACACAAACACGCCCAGACUAAACAUCAGUGUGAUGAGCUCACAGUUUUCCAUACAGGUAACAUUAUGGAGAGUCCGGACACUUCCGAGAGCGACGACUGUCCUUUCUGUCAAAUAGCGAACAACCAGACUGACACAGAAAUCCUCCUGAGCGAUGAUGAGCUCGUCUGUUUUCGUGACAUUAAGCCCGGCUCCACACAUCAUUACCUUGUUAUCACCAGGACGCACAUCGACAGCUGCAAACAUCUGCAGGCGGACGACAUACCUCUAGUGGAGCGGAUGGUAGAAAUGGGAAAGAGUGUACUGGAGAAGAAGAAAGUCAGUGACCUAGACGACGUCAGGUUGGGCUUUCAUCUGCCUCCACUCUUAUCUGUUCCUCACCUCCACCUCCACGCUCUGGCUCCAGCCAGUACGAUGAAGCUUAAGUCGCAGCUUCGCUACGGGCCACAGUCUUACUGGUUCAUCACAGUAGACAAAGUGCUUUCUCAGUUGAAGACUCGUGGCAAAGUCAAAUGAUGGCUGAAGAAGCAACAGUCUUCUUUAUGUUGACACUGUUAUUUAUUAUCCUACCUACCUAGUUAAAAUUAACAUGUUUUAGGAUAUAUGUUAUUUAAUUAAAUACAAACCGUAAUCAUUUAAUUUUACUAUUUUAAAAUAUUAUGUCAGUAUUUAUGAGGAAAAACAGUGCACAUCCAUGUUUACUUGUUUGUUUGUGUAUAUAAAGUGGAUUGAUUAAUACAGCUGUGUAUACCUUUAUAUAUGAUGCACAAGGGUACAAACUGUAUUUUAAUAUUAUAUUAGGAUCAUCUCUGACAAAAUUUUAAGGGUUGAUCUGCCCUUUCUCCCACUUCACAAACGCGGGCUCAAGUGUGUGCAGCUGUGUGUCAUACCCCUUCAGUGUUUCGGUUUACUUUAAUAAUCACAGGGGACAAUGGGUCCUAAUGUACGUCUUUGUUUCUCUGCCAGCACUUACACAAAUGUCUGAACAACACUGUUUGAAGGAAAAACACAGAAUGGAGGUCCUAAUGGGCCUGAAUAGAGCAAACAAUGAUACAAGGGUGCUUUCGAGAUCAUGUUAAUUGGCAGCGCUGGCAGGUUUUUGUCUUGUCUUCAAAAUUUGGCCAAGUAUGUGAAUUUGCAAUUGGACUACUCAAAGAGAUGUGGGUUAGAGAACCUGGCAGCU